CACUGCUACGCCCAGCGUGUUUACAAAGACCGUCAAUCCUUCAGCUUCGCUCAUAAAUUAAGUGGGGAAAAAACAUGAAAUUGUUGCCGUGAGGGGGAACAUGUGCUUGAGAUCAGGGCAUCAACACUGCUGGACGCGGGCCAUCAUGAACUAUCAGCGCGUACUGGUUGUUGUGCUUCUGGCAUUUCUAUCAAUUUCUUAUGAGGUGAAAGAGGCUACUGCUGCAUCAUUUCCCUGGAGCUGCUCCAGCUUCAGUGGUGUCUGUCGCCCAAUGUGUCUGCCAUCAGAAAUGCACUUUGGACCAUUUGGCUGUGCAAAAGGAUUUUUAUGCUGUGUGUCUCAUUUUGUAUAAGAACUAGGAACCUUUUGGCUCAGCCGCACUAAUUCAUCCUCAUUCCGAGCACCAUCAUGUGACUUCAGUUUAU